AUGGCCCAGACCUUCUUCUAUUUUGCUCUAGGGAUUACAGAGUUCUGCCUCCUAGUGGUCAUGUCCUUUGAUCGCUAUGUUGCCAUCUGCCACCCUUUGCAAUACACCACCAUCAUGAAGCAGAGACUUUGUUUCCAACUGGUCCUUGGUUCAUGGGUGGGAAGUUUCACAGUUAUAAGUUUACGGAUGCUCCUGAUUUCGAAGCUGAGAUUCUGUGGGCCGAAUGUGAUCAACCAUUUCUUCUGUGACAGUUCUCCACUCUUUCAGCUCUCCUGCACUGACACGAGUGGGGUUAAGAGGGUGGACUCCAUUUUGAUCUCAACUUUGGUACUGACUUCAUUAUGUUUAACAAUGUUGUCUUACAUGAGCAUCUUCUUCUCGAUUCUACAAAUGCCAACGGCCACAGGCAGACGGAAAGCUUUUGCUACCUGUGCCUCCCAUGUCACAGCUUUAGCAGUUGUCUAUGGAAGCUGCAUUAUUUUGUACACCAUUCAUUCCUCUUUGGAUCUUAACAAAGGGGUGGCUCUGCUGAACACCGUAGUGUACCCUUUCCUCAACCCCUUUAUCUACAGCCUCAGAAACAAGACUGUCAAACUCGCCCUGAGAGAAACCUUUAGUCGUAGUACUGUAAUGUUGUUCCCCAAUCUGCGCCAUGCUUCUGGAUAG